UUUAGGGUUUUAGAGGAGAUUUCUAGGGCGUAAUGUUCCGCGCCUUGCUCUCGACGGUGUUGCGCUCCUCCUCCACCUCCUCGUCCUCUUCCUUCGGCCAGCAUUGCUGCAAAUGGAUCCAAUCCAGGCACAUUGUCGCUGCGACGCGAGGAGAAAUGAGAGAUGUAGUGCUGCCAGUCACGAAUUGGGAGCAAGAGGACAAAGGGACUGUGACUAUCGCUGGGGACAUUUUCGACGUUCCAAUACGCAAAGAUAUCGUUCAUCAUGUCGUCAAGUGGCAGAGAGCUAAGAGACGUAAGGGAACCCACAGUACGAAGACUAGAGGCGAAGUGGCGGGCUCAACGAGGAAGAUAAACAAGCAAAAAGGGACAGGAAAAGCUCGGCAUGGUAGCAGGCGAGCACCUCAAUUUAGAGGUGGAGGAGUGGCACACGGUCCCAAGCCGAGAAGCUACGAGUACAAACUCAACAAGAAAGUUCGAAGGCUCGGAUUGAAAAUCGCUCUGUCCGCACGGGUGGCUGAGCGCAAGCUGAUGCUAUUCGACAAUGUUGAUCUUCCAACUCACAAAACGCGACAGCUCAUGAAGCUCGUUCCAAACUUGGGCUGCCGGAGAGUGCUGAUUGUGGAUGGUGUGGAGAAGAUGGGGCGAGAGAUCACGCUCGCAUGCCGAAAUGUCAAGGAAGUUAACGUCAUUCCAGCAAAGGGAUUGAACGUUUACAGCAUUUUAUUGCACGACACUCUGGUGAUGUCCGUGGCAGCGGUGAGGGAAAUCGAAGACCGUCUUCACACACCCAUCAACAGAUAGUACCGGCAAAUUGUUUAUUUUUUGCUUUUGAACUUGUACAUUAAUGCAGAUCCCAGGUCUUGCCAUCUUCUAACUUUGAGCCAAGGUCAUCAAGAGGAUCAAGUUUAAGAGUGGAGCAGCGUCAAUACGACUGGAACUCCGUUCUUGGGAACCAAAGUCGCGGCAACUAUGGGGUUGUGACGAUAAUCAGGUGACAAGGAAUCGCUGCAGCGGCCUGGACUUGACGCAACGCAACGCAAGCUCGCGCUCCAAACGAGAAUGGCGUGAAACGCAAGGGAUGCUUGCACGCUGCCAAGCUCCCAUUUGCAAAGCGAUCGGGAAUAAAGUCCGGGACUGUGUUGUAUCACGGUGUUGUGCACGGAUACUGCCGGCCCUUUUGGAAUGAAGAGGUGGUCAACGUAGCAAUCCUUGAGUGCCAAUCGAGGGAUGAUCGCUAUUGGAGGGUGAAGUCGCAGCGUUUCCACCUGCGUGAAAGACAAUAGUAUAAUGCCGAGAACACUAUUGUCUUUUGUAUUAUACCUUGAGCUGUUCUAGUGCUUCCCUUACACGGCACUCAAGAAAAUGCAAAAGCUUCUCAACCUACCCAGUAAAGCGUUUGCUUU